GCGGCGCCAUUCCCGUCCGCAGCUGUCAAUCACCGAGUCCCAGUCAGUGAUUACUCGCCAGCACCUGGUGCUUCAUGCGAAUCUCCGAUGGGGGGGAGAACAAAACAGUUCUCCUCCCUGUCACCUCCUGCACAUUGCUUUGCAUGGUUGUACACAUCACAGCCAGUGAAGCAGUAACACAGGACACAAAGUAAAAUGGCACACAACACACAGUUAACCCUUUGAUCUUUCCACAUGUUAACCCCUUCCUGCCCAGUGCAAUUAGUACAGUAUCAGUGCUUUUUAUUAGCACUGAUCACUAUAUUGGUGUCAGGUGGGGAUGUCAGUGACACCAAGUCAGUUCCCCCCAGUGUCACAAUGCCCACCGCAGUCACACUAUAAGUCGCUGA